AUGUCUCCCCAAACACCCCAUGAACCCAUCGCCAUCGUCGGCACAGCCUGCCGUUUCCCAGGCCCAUCCACCUCACCCUCCAAGCUCUGGUCCCUCCUCGCCUCCCCAACCGACAUCCAAACCGCCAUUCCCCCGAGCCGCUUCAACACUGAAGCGUUCCACCACCCCGUCGGCUCACACCAUGGCACCACCAACGUCCGCCACGCCUACCUCCUUACUCAGGACCUCUCCCACUUUGACGCCUCCUUCUUCAACAUCUCCCCCAAUGAAGCCGACAGCAUCGAUCCCCAGCAGCGUCUGCUCAUGGAGACCGUGUACGAGGCCCUCGAGUCGGGCGGCCACAGCAUCGAGGCCCUGAGGGGAAGCGACACCAGUGUCUAUGUCGGCUGCAUGGGUGUCGACUGGAACGACACCCUGCUCCGGGAUGUCAACCAGGUGCCCACUUACUUUGCCACCGGCACGAACCGGGCCAUCAUUGGGAACAGGUUGAGCUUCUUCUUUGACUGGAGGGGGCCCAGCAUGACGAUUGACACUGCUUGCUCGAGUUCUUUGGUUGCCGUGCACCAGGCUGUGAUGAGCUUGAGAAGCUCUGAAUCUCGCGUUGCUGUUGCGGCUGGUGGUCAGGUCAUCCUGAACCCUGAGGCAUUUGUGUUUGAGUCCAAAAUGAACAUGCUUUCCCCAACGGGCCGAUCUCGCAUGUGGGACGCCAGUGCCGAUGGUUAUGCCCGAGGUGAAGGAGUCGCAGCUGUCAUCCUUAAAAAGUUAUCUGAUGCGAUAGCGGACGGUGACUACAUCGAGGGCAUCAUCCGUGAAACCGGCGCCAACCAGGACGGACACUCUCAGGGUCUUACCGUUCCUAGCUCUGAAGCUCAGGCAUCUCUCAUUCGCAAAACCUACAGGAAAGCUGGCCUCGACCCAGAAAACAACCCUGCCGACCGCCCACAGUUUUUCGAGGCUCAUGGCACGGGCACAAAGGCAGGCGACCCCAAGGAGGCGGCUGCCAUCUAUGAGUGCUUUGGCCAACACGUCAAGGCCGAGGAAACUCCGCUGUAUGUCGGCUCUGUAAAGACAGUCAUUGGCCACACUGAGGGUGCUGCCGGUCUCGCUGGCUUCAUGAAGGGCUUGAAGAGCAUCCAGGCGGGCCAAAUCCCACCCAAUCUGCUCUUUGAGAACCUCAACCCCGCCAUCGAGCAGUACUACAAGGGUCUCACUGUCCCAACCUCCCUAGCCCCGUGGCCGCAGCUUCCCGAGGGCGUUCCCCGCAGAGUCAGCGUUAAUUCUUUCGGCUUUGGCGGCAGUAAUGCGCAUGCAAUCAUCGAGCAGUACAUCCCGACAACCACCACUCCCGAGCCCGAGAACCAGUCGCCUGUCUUUACGCCUUUCGUCUUCUCUGCCGCGUCUGAGACCUCCCUCGUGGCCCACCUCGAGGCCUAUGCCGAGCAUCUCAAGACAAGGAGUGACAUCACAGCGAGAGACUUGGCAUGGACUCUGCAGUCGCGCAGAAGUCACUUGCCUAUCAAGGCUGCUUUCUCGGCCCGGUCGGUGGAGCAGCUUGUCGGAAAGCUGGAUGACAAGCUCUCUGAUCUCAAGCGUGCGGCUGGAACCACCGUCGGUGUUCGCUCCGCGACGGCCAAGUCCACGUAUCCUACCAAAAUCCUGGGUGUGUUCACUGGCCAGGGCGCCCAGUGGGCAGCCAUGGGUGGUGAGCUGAUCAAGUCUUCCGAGUUUGUCCGCAAGAGACUUGGAGACCUGGAGAGUGCGCUGGACACACUCCCGGCUGCUGAUCGCCCGGUCUGGCGUCUGGUUGAUGAGCUGCUGGCGGACUCAACCACAUCUCGCAUUGGUGAGGCGGAGCUUUCCCAGCCGCUAUGCACCGCUAUCCAAAUUGUCUUGGUCGACAUGCUCAGGGAGGCUGGCAUCAACUUCAGUGCUGUUGUCGGUCACUCCUCGGGCGAGAUUGGUGCGGCUUAUGCUGCCGGCUACCUGUCAGAUGUUGAUGCCAUUCGCGUGGCCUACUACCGCGGACAGUAUGCCCGGCUUGCUGGGAACGAGGCUACCGGUCAACAAGGUGCCAUGUUGGCUGUUGGCACUUCACUGGAAGAUGCGAAGGAUCUCUGCAACCUUCGUGCGUUUUCCGGACGUUUGGCGGUGGCUGCGCACAACUCGUCAGCCAGUGUUACGCUAUCCGGUGACGCCGAUGCCAUCAUCCUUGCCAAGAAGGUGUUUGACGAAGAGAAAAAGUUUGCUCGUCUUCUCAAGGUUGAUACCGCCUAUCAUUCCCACCACAUGCUGCCUUGUGGUGACCCAUACAUUGCCUCUCUCCAACAGGCUGGCGUUCGUGUCAAGAGGCCGACCUGCGCCUGGUUCUCCAGCGUUAUCGCAAGCGACAAGCCCUUGCAGCCUACCGAGGCUCUUCAGGAUGUGUACUGGCGCGAUAAUAUGGCCAAUACUGUUUUGUUUGCCGAUGCUGUCAAGAACGCCAUCGCCAGCGACCCACAAAUCGGUCUCGCCAUCGAGGUUGGCCCUCACCCCGCGCUCAAGGGCCCGGCUACUCAGAACAUUGGCGACAUUCGCCCUGCUCCAAUCCCUUAUACAGGCGUCCUCAGCCGUGGCAAGUGUGAUAUUGAGUCUUUCUCCGAUGCCCUCGGAUUUGUGUGGACUCAACUUGGUGCCCACGCCGUUGACUUUGCCUCUUAUGAGAAGCUCAUCUCGCCAUCCACAUGCCAGCCCAAGCUCGUGGUAGACCUCCCAUCGUACCAGUGGAACCAUACCCGCUCCCACUGGCAAGAAUCGCGAAGGUCCAAGAAGAUUCGGUCCCGGACGGCAGCGCCCUUCCACGAGAUUCUCGGGAUUCCUUGCCCCGACUCAACUGACCGUGAGAAGCGCUGGACGAAUAUUCUCAAGGUGUCCGAGAUUUCUUGGCUAGACGGCCAUCAGUUGCAGGGGCAAACUGUUUUCCCUGCUGCUGGUUACGUUGCCAUGUCGAUCGAGGCCGCUCGGACUCUGGCCACGGAGCAGCCGGUGUCCUUCUUUGAGCUCAACGAUCUGGCCAUUCCCCGCGCCAUCACCUUCGAAGAGGAUGUAAACUCGUCAGUUGAGACCCUCGUCACGCUUACAAACAUCGCCACCAAGGGUAACAUCACCAGCGCCUCCUUCGCCGUCUACUCCUCCUCCUCGGCCGAAUCGGAGCUCGAGCUCAUGGCUUCGGGUUCUCUCACGAUCACCUUUGGCAACUCCUCACCCGCCACCCUCGCGUCCAGCCCGCUAGCCGAAACCAACAUGUCGACCGUCGACGCCGACAGGUUCUACACCUCCCUUUCCAAGCUCGGCUACGGGUAUUCCGGCAGCUUCAGGGGCAUGUCCUCCCUGAAACGCUCUCUCAAUCGAGCUUCCACAUUGGUCUCCACCUACCCCUACACCUCCCAAGAUCUCACCCCAUACCUCGUCCACCCCACCAUGCUCGACGUCGCCUUCCAAGCCUCUAUGCUCGCCUACUCGGCCCCAGGCGACGAGAGGCUCUGGUCGCUUCACGUCCCGACCGCCAUCCGCUCCAUCCGCGUCAACCCGGCCCUCUGCGUUUCGCCCCUGCCCGAGCACGUCCCCGUCCACGCCACCCUCGAGGAAACAAACGAGUUCUCUGCCAGCAUCGAUGUUUUCAACAACCCCGCCAACGACGGUGGGGCCAUGAUUCAGGUCGAUGGCCUGACUAUCAAGCCUUUUGCUCCGGCCACCGAGGCUGACGAUCACCGCCUGUUUUCCUACACCAAGUGGGACGUCGCCUCACCACAGGGGGAUUCCAUCACCAAGGGGAUCGAGCCCACACAGGACGAGGUUGAGCUGGCGGCUGUGUGUGAGAGGGUGUCGUUUUACUACUUGAGACGUUGGAAGGAGGAGCUCAGCGAUGAGGAAUGGGCGAAUGGCCAGGCGCAUCAUGCUUCGUUGAGGGAUUUCAUGAAUUAUGUGCUUGGUGAGGUGGAGAAGGGACGCCAUCCCUGCGUCAAGAAGGAGUGGUCGCAUGAUAGUGAAGAGGAGGUCAAGGACCUGAUCAAGAGAUACUCCCACACCAUCGACAUCAGGCUUCUGACUGCCGUGGGUGAGAAUAUCCCUGCUGCUGUACGCGGUGAGACCACCAUCCUUGAGCAUAUGCUGGUGGACAACAUGCUGGAUGACUUUUACAAGAAGGGUCUGGGCUUUGCUCGGUACAAUUCUUUCUUGGCUUCCAUGAUGGAACAAAUGGUACAUCGAUACCCUCAUGCUAAGAUCCUCGAGAUUGGCGCUGGCACUGGUGGUGCCACCAAGUCGGUUUUGGAAAAGAUUGGGGACAAGAUGUCCUCAUAUACAUACACUGACGUGUCGGUCGGCUUCUUCGACAAGGCCGCAGAGCUGUUCCGGUCAUACAGCGACAAGAUGACUUUCAAGGUCCUCGACGUGGAGAAACAGCCUUCCAGCCAGGGAUACGAGCCCCAUUCAUACGACAUCGUCGUCGCCUCCAACGUCCUCCACGCCACCGCAUCCCUUCAAAAGACCCUGACGCACGUCCGCCAGCUCCUCAAGCCUGGUGGCUAUCUCAUGCUUCUCGAGCUUACCGACAACGGCCCCAUCCGCUGUGGCAACAUCAUGGGCGGGCUCCCUGGGUGGUGGAUAGGCGCCGAGAUUGACGGCCGCAGGUACGCCCCCACCAUCACUCCCUCCGAAUGGAACAUGUAUCUGCGCAAGGCCGGUUUUGCCGGCGUCGACGCCUGCACCCCCAAGAUCAACGUUCUGCCCUGGCCCUUCUCCAUUAUGGCCGCCCAGGCCGUCGACGACAAGGUCCAAUUCCUCCGCCGUCCUCUCGCCCGCUCCAAGACUUCGGUCAAGCUCGACAACCUCGUCAUUCUCGGAACCGGCACCAUCGAAACAUCCGACCUCGCCGAGGAGCUGGAGGAGCUUCUCUCCCCCUUUGCCAACCAGACCACCGUCCUCACUGGGCUGCCUACCGAGGCCCAGGCAAGAGAAAUUGACCCCAUGAGCACCAUCAUCAACCUGGCCGAUCUCGACUUCCCAAUCUUCAAGCAAAUGACCACCGAUCGUAUGGAGGGCCUCCAGCGGCUGUUCGAGCUGGCAAAACACAUUCUCUGGGUCACCAAAGGCGCUCAAGCCGACGAGCCAUACCACGAAGCCAGUGUCGCUUUUUCACGCGCUAUCAGCCAUGAGACGAGACACAUUAGCCUGAACCACCUUGACCUGUCUGAUCUGGGAAGAAACACCGGACGGGCUAUCGCGGAGCACCUCCUUCGGCAGUGUGCGCUCGAUGAGUGGGAGGACGAGAAGAUCAUGUGGAGCAAGGAGCCAGAGGUGUUCUUGGACAAUGGGCUGCUCAAGGUUCCUCGUCUUGUGGCCAAUGUUGCUCAGAAUUCUCGCCUCAACUCCUCCAGGCGAAACAUCACCAAGACCUUGUCUCUUGCCGAGUCAAAGUCGAUCACUGUUGCCGUGUCGGCUGAUGGUGUUCCCGCACUGGUUGAAGAGGUGAGGCCUGUUACCAAGGAGACCCGUCAAUCUGUAAGGGUUGAGGCUUCCAGUCUGACGGCCAUCAAUGUGGUUAUUGGAAGCUUCUUAUUUGUUGGUCUGGGCAAGCAUACUGUCACUAAGGAGUCAGUUAUGACGCUGGCACUGUCAAACUCGAUUGAGGUCACCCCCGUGGCAACGGUAUCUGUGCCACCAACCCUGUCGAGCAGUUCUGGCCUUGUGAGAGUUGUCAGCGAGCUCAUUGCUGCCUCUUUGCUCGAGAACAUUGCUUCAGGAAGCAGUGUCUUGGUGCAUGGAUCAAACAAGGACCGGUAUUUGAUCGCCGCUCUGUCUCGACAGGCGCAGGCCAAGAACAUCCGCAUCACCUACUCAUACGAUGCCGAGGAGGAUGAGCCGAUUCCCCAAGGACUUGCGCUCAAUGGCCGUUCCCCCAGACACAUCAUUCGCAAGAGCCUUCUGCCGGCCAAGCCAACCCAUUUCCUCAAUCUCACUUCGGCGGGUGGUGACCUCAGCCAGACGAUUGGGCAGGUGUUGACCUCCAUUGGACCCUACAAGCGCAUUGAAGCGUCCGACGUUUCCCGCUUUGAGUCUUCGCUGCCGUCGACCAGUCGCGAGAUUGUUGCAGCCAAGCUCCAAGCGGCUGUGCUUACUGUCACUUCCAUUGCGGAUGAUGCCAGCGAUCUUGUGGCUCCAGUCACACAGAUCACAGAGGCUGGCGCCUCUCUGCUGGACCACCCAACUGCUGUCGUCAACUGGGCCGUCGACGGCACCGUCAAGGUUGGUGUGAAGCCUCUUGACGCAACGCAGCUUUUCGGCAAGAACAAGUCCUAUCUCCUCGUGGGCCUCAGUGGUCAGAUCGGCCAGUCAGUCGCAGAGUGGAUGGUGAAGAACGGUGCCGGGUGUGUCUGCCUGACGAGCCGUUCCCCCAAGGUCGAUCCCAAGUGGCUUGAGGCUGUGCAGUCUACUGGCGCCAUCGUCAAGAUCUACGCCAUGGAUGUGACAGACAAGGCCUCACUUGAGAAGGUGGUUGCUGAUAUCCGAUCAACCUGCCCUCCCAUUGCCGGUGUUGCCAACGGUGCCAUGGUCCUCCACGACAGUCUCUUCGCCAACAUGCCCCUUGAGACGAUGCAAAAGGUCCUCGGCCCCAAGAUUGACGGGUCCAACCAUCUGGACGACAUAUUUUACAACGAGGACCUCGACUUCUUCGUGCUCCUGUCUUCUUCCGCGUGCGUCAUUGGCAACUCUGGCCAGUCCAACUAUGCCGCUUCCAACGGCUAUCUCAACAGUCUGGCUCGACAAAGGCGCAAGCGUGGCCUGGCUGCCUCCGCAUUGGAUAUCGGCCGCGUGGCUGGUCUUGGCUAUGUCGAGACAGCUGGACAGGCUGUGAUGGACCAAUUAGAGCGCUUCGGGUUGAUGGCUAUCGCCGAGUCUGAGUUCCACCAGAUGUUUGCCGAGGCCGUCCAGGCCGGUUAUCCCAAACCUGACGAUAAGGAUGGUAUUCCGGAUGCUGUCGUCACCACGGGCAUCCGCACUAUCCGUGAUGACGAGGAUAUUCAAGGCCCUUGGUUCGAGAACCCUCGCUUCAGUCACUGUAUUGUCGAGGCCGCCAAGGGGCAAUCGGAUGGUCAAGAUGAGAACAAGAAGACGUCUCUCCCGGUCACGGUUCAGCUGGCGAGCGCGUCGACCAAGGAUGAAGCUUUGGAGAUCCUGCAAGAAUGCUUCUCCUCCAAGCUCAGGGUUAUCCUCCAGAUUAAUGACCAGGCCAUUGACCCAGAGAUUCCCGUCGUGGAGCUCGGUGUCGAUUCUUUGGUCGCUGUUGAAGUUCGUUCUUGGUUCUUGAAAGAAUUGAAGGUUGAUAUUCCCGUGCUCAAGGUGGUUGGAGGUUCUUCUGUUGCCGAGCUCUGCCAGCGCGCUUUGGACAAGCUUCCCGAGGAGAUGCUUUCAGGCAUCGGCAAGGCCGGCUCAGAGUCCAAGCCCAAGCCUACCGCAAUGAAGACGCUCCCCAAGCCCGAGCCCAAGGUUGAGUCGGCCGGGGCAUCAGAGUACGACUCCACUGCCCCCAGCAUGGUGACCCCGGCGGACGUCACCACUGCCCCUGGUUCUUCCACCCAGCUCUCAUCCCGUUCUGCGUCUUCCGAGAACCUCGCCGCCGACGCCGCCAAGCAGGCUCCUGUUGCCGCCGCCCCACCCGCUCCUUUGAAUUUCGUCAAGAGCGAGCAGAUCUCCUUCGGUCAGUCACGCUUCUGGUUCCUCCGCCUCCUCGUCGAUGACCCAACGACGUUCAACGUUGCUUUCUUUUACCGCGUCACAGGGGCCCUCAGGGUCGGCAGUCUGGAGAGAGCCAUUCGCGUGGUGACUGCCAGACAUGAGGCUCUUCGUACAUGUUUCGUUGCGGACCAGACCGAGGCUGACCAGGCAUACCAGAAGGUGAUUGCUAGCUCACCACUUCGUCUCGAGCACAAGCAAAUCAGCUGCGAGGAGGAUGUCGCUGUUGAAUACGCCAAGCUCAAGGCCCACGAGUUCGACCUUGCUGUCGGCGAGAGCAUGAAGCUUGUCUUGCUUUCCAAGUCCCCAGAGGACCAUUUCCUUCUCAUCAACUAUCAUCAUAUUGUGAUGGACGGCGUUAGUUUCCAGGUUUUUCUUUCUGAUUUGGAGAAGGCAUACAACAACCAGUCUCUUGGGAAGGCUCCCCGCCAGUUCCCCGACUUUUCUGCCUCGCAACGCCAGGCUUUUGCGAGCGGUGACAUGGCUGCCGACCUCGACCAUUGGCGCGGUAUCUUUCCCGAGGGCCAACAGCCACCAGUGCUCCCUCUCCUCCCCAUGGCCCGGACCAGCUCCAGACUGUCCAUGCAGAACUUUGACAUUCAUCAGGUUGGUUGCCAUCUCGAGCCAGCCUUGGCAGCGCGGAUCAAGGCCGUGUCCAAAGCUCAGCGCUCGACCCCGUUCCACUUCUACCUCGCCGCGUUCAAGACCAUGCUCUUCCUCUUCACCGAAGCGGAUGACCUCACCAUCGGCAUCGCCGACGCCAACCGCACCGACAGCGAUGUAAUGGCCAGCAUCGGCUUCUUCCUCAACCUCCUCACCCUCCGCUUCCGUCGCCAGCCAAGCCAAAAAUUCUCUGACGCCAUCAACGAAGCCCGCAACACGACUUACUCCAGCCUCGCCCAUUCUCGUUUGCCCUUUGACGUGCUUCUCAAGGAGCUCAACAUUGCCCGGUCGUCUGCCCACUCCCCCUUCUUCCAGGCCUUCUUCGACUACCGCCAGGGCGCGCAGGAGAAGCACGCAUGGGGCAACUGCCAAUUCGAAGUGCAAGAGCUUCAUCCCGGACGAACUGCUUAUGAUAUUACCCUGGACGUGACCGACUCUGCCACUGACGCCCUCGUGAUGUUCCGGACCCAGAAGAGUUUGUAUGAUCAGACUGCCGCGAACCUGCUGAUGGAGACGUAUGUGCACCUGCUGGAGGUUCUUUCGGCCGAUGUCUCGCUGUCUUUGCAGACAACGCCGCUCUUUGGGGAGAAGCAGGUUGAGGUAGCUGUCAGUGUUGGCCGUGGUCCCGCAAUGGUCUCAGACUGGCCCGGAACCCUUACUCAUCGCAUUGAUCAGGUUGCUGCCGAGAACCCAGACAAGACUGCGCUCAAGGAUGGCCAUGGAAACGUCUUGACGUACAGAGAGAUGAUCAACAGGGUCGAGGCCAUUGGUGAGGCGCUGCAGGGCGCUGGUGUCAGCCAAGGUUCUCGUGUUCCAGUCUUCCAGGACGCCGCUAGUGACUGGGUUUGCUCGAUGCUGGCCAUCUUCCGUGUGGGAGCUAUUUACGUCCCCUUCGACUUGCGCAAUCCUCUCCCUCGCCUCGCCACAGUCGCGGUUGACUGCGAGCCCACUGCCAUUCUUGCCGACAAGACCACCAUCGACCAAGUCCCCCAGCUCAACAUCCCCACCGCCACCGCCAUCAACGUCUCCGUCCUGCCACUCAACGCCUCCAAGCCCGUCCCCAACGUCGCAGAUCCCAACACGCCGGCCGCUAUUCUCUACACCAGCGGUUCAACCGGUCUUCCCAAGGGCAUCAUCGUCACCCACGCCGGUCUGCGCAACGAGAUUGAGGGCUACACCAAGAUGUGGAAGCUCGGCACCCAGCACACCCUCCAGCAGAGCGCGUUCACCUUCAACCACUCUUCUGAUCAAAUCUACACUGGCUUGGUGAACGGGGGGUCAGUCUACGUCGUUCCCUGGGCCACCAGAGGUGACCCCCUUGGCAUCACAGAGAUCAUCAAGAGCGAGGGCAUUACGUACACCAAGGCGACACCCUCCGAGUACUCCCUCUGGAUGCAGUUUGGCAACGAGAACCUCCGGGACGCUAGCUGCUGGCGAUUUGCAUUUGGUGGUGGUGAGCCUCUGGUCAGCGCUGUGACCAAGGAAUUUGCUGCUCUGGAGUUGUCUGGGCUGAAGUUCUUCAACUCGUACGGGCCAACCGAGAUUUCGAUUUCCUCGCACAAGAUGGAGAUGCCAAUCCAUAAUGCCCAAGCCAUUGAAGCCAUGGGUCGGAUUCCCUGCGGUUACUCGUUGCCCAACUAUUACACCUAUAUCGUUGAUCAGCAGCUGAGACCGGUUCCUGUCGGGAUGCCGGGGGAGGUGUGCAUUGGGGGGGCCGGUGUUUCCCUUGGCUAUCUGAAGAACGAUGAGUUGACCGGCAAACACUUUGUUGCCAACCCCUUCGCCACCAAGUCUGAUGUCGCUAGCGGUUGGACUCGGAUGUAUAGGACAGGGGAUAUCGGGCAUCUCCAAACCGACGGUGCCAUGGUCUUCCACAACCGCACGGAUGGGCAGAUCAAAAUACGCGGAUUGCGUAUAGAGCUCGCUGAUAUCGAAAACAACAUUGUUGCGGCGUCUGAUGGUGCUUUGAAGGAGGCAGUCGUCACUCUCCGCGAGGGCAACCCCGACUUUCUCAUUGCCCACGUUGUGUUUGCACCUCAGAGCAACGUUGCCGACAAGGAGGCCUUCUUGCAACACCUUCUUGGUCACUUGCAGAUUCCUCAGUACAUGGUUCCGGUCGCCGCCAUUCCCCUUGACAAACUCCCCUUGACGAACCAUUCGAAGGUGGACCGCAAAUCGCUCAAGACUAUCGCUCUGCCGCAGCGCACCUCCACCGUCUCCCAGGAAGAAGACACCACCGAGAUGACCGAGACCAUGUUUCAGCUCCGCCGUGUCUGGCAAGACGUCCUCGGCCACAACAACGACAACUCCCUCACCUUCGACAUCGCCCCUUCGACAAACUUCUUCCUCGUGGGCGGAAACUCCCUGUUGGUCAUCCGUCUCCAAUCCCGCAUCCGCCAGUCCUUCAACGUCGUCAUCAAGCUGGUAGAUCUCCUCGGCUCCAACACCCUCUCCGCCAUGGCCCGCAAAAUCGAAGAAACCCCCUCCGUCACCACUAUCGACUGGGACACCGAAACCACACCCCCAACCAUCCCCUCCUUCCUCUCUUCCAUCCCCCGCACCCCAGUCUCCACCUCCCCAAAAACGAUCCUCCUCACCGGCGGAACAGGCUUCCUCUCCCGCACCCUCCUCCCCCUCCUCUCCUCCUCUCCAUCCAUCUCCCAAAUCCACGUCAUCUCCAUCCGCAACUCCAAACCCCUCCCCUUCACCUCUUCCAAAAUCAUCCCUCACCCCGGCGACCUCUCCUCCCCUAUGCUCGGUCUCUCGGAAUCAGAGUUCACCAGCCUAGCCAGCAAAGUCGACGCAGUCAUCCACCUCGGCGCCGUCCGCUCCUUCUGGGACAACUACCACGUCCUGCGACCCUCAAACGUCCACCCGACAAAGGAGCUCGUCAAGCUCGCCGGUCCGAGACAGAUCCCAAUCCAUUACAUCUCUACCGUUGGGGUCCUGCCGGCGGGAGUGGAAAGGGAGACGUCGGCAAAAUAUCACUUGCCGGCUGGGGAUGGAUCGAAUGGGUAUGUAGCAACGAGAUGGGCGAGCGAGCAGAUUUUGGAGAGGUCGGGGUUGCCAGUUAGGGUGUAUCGUUUCUUGCCUGCGACUACUGGGGAAGACACGGAGAGGAAGGUGUUGGAGGAGUUUGGGCGGUUUGUGAAGCUGUCGGGCAAGGUUCCUGAUUUUGGGGGGUGGGAGGGGAAGAUUGAUUUGAUCGAGGCGGGGAAGGUGGCUGGGUGGUUGAGCGAGGAGGUCGAAGGUGGGGUUGAAGGAGUUGGGUAUAGGCAUUGGAGGAGUGAGGUUGAGCUGACGGUGAAAGAAUUGAGGGAGUAUAUCGAGCGGAAUCUGGCGCAGCCGAGAGAAAAGUAUGAGACGAUGGCGGGGUUGGGGUGGAUCGGGUUGAUCAAGAAGCUCGGGUUUGGGUAUUUCUUUUCGGGGCAGAACGCGUCGGUCGGGAGGGAGAAGAGUCGGUUUGAGUCGAGGAGAUGA